AAUUCUAUCUUAUGGUAAUUGCCUUCACAUUGUAUACGAUAUUUUUGUCACCAGCUCUUUAAAGAUUUGGACGGUUGUGUGAGCCUUCUAAAAAUGGUAACAUGAUACACAUCAGUUUUACACAAGGCAAAUAUAUUGUCCGACCACAAUAUUCGAGUUGGCCGUGUCUGCAAAAUAUUUAACCAGGAAGUUUAUCUGGCAGAUCGAUAUUUUUGCUAUGACGUAGUUCUCUACCUAGCUCGAUUACCUGUACUUAUCUGUAAACAAAUUUUGGUGGUGAACAGAAGGUCGUUUUCUGAGCGAUUACGGUUAAAGCAGUUGCGCUCUAAAGGGUUGUGAUACCGCCAUGGCUGGACAGGUAGCGGUCGAAAGAACAAUAGACGUAUCUUCAGAGAAAUGCAGAGAUCACAACCGACCAGUGGAAUAUUCUUGUAAAACAUGUAAAGGGGAUUUCGUAUGUCGCAAGUGCGUGGUAAGUGGGCACAGUGGACACAUCAUGGACGAUGUGCAAGACUUCAUUUCUGAGCAGAAGUGGGAGGUGUUGAAAGUUCUUAACGAUACCGACGACCGAUUGAAACAAUUAGGAUUAGACUAUGCUAAUGUGAAAGAAAGAAUGGACGUUAAUGAAAAUGAAUCUCAGAUAUUAGUUUCUCAAAUAGAAAAACGAGGCAAAAUUUUAAAAGCUCAUAUCGAUGAAAUUGUUGAAAGUGGUAGAAAAAAAUCCGAAAGAUACCAACGCAAAAAUAACAGAAGACUGAAGAAAGUUCUUCAAGAAAUUACAGAUGUGAAAACGAAACUAGAGCAAAAAGUUAACAAAUGUCGUGACUUGGUGCAUUCACGCAAGUAUAAAGAUUUCAAAAAAUCAGUCCAUUUAGGGAAUGAAUUAGAAAAGAAUGCCUCUGCAAGUCACGGCGAGACGUCGACCAGAAGUCAAACUUUCAUAGCUCCUCCUCCCUUUGAGGAUAUAACAGUUCUCGAAGCGUUGUUUGGGAAGUUGCAAAUCGAUACAUCACAGCUGAACUCAGUAAGUGUAAAAUUAAAAAGCUCGUUUCGUAAUAGAGAUGAUGAAGCUGUUUACCGCAUUUGUCCGGUAAUGGAUGGAAAUUCCGCAUGGGUUAGUGGCGAUGAAUGCAUACUACAUCUAGUCACAUUUGCGGGAGACUUCCUUAAAAAGCUUGAACUCAACUCUGGUGUUAAUGAUCUCUGUUGCAUGACCCAAAGCAACGAUGUGACAAGUCUCGUAGUUGCUUGCGAGGACAAUACUCUUAAAAAGAUAUCCCAAGAAGAAGAAGAAGACGAAACAUUUGGGAUAGAGCUAUUCCAGUUUGAGUCCGAUCCACAAAGCAUCAGCGUCACAGCUGAAAAUGACAUCGUGCUCGUCACUCCUGGACACGUAACACCAGUCAAGGUCGACAUGCGUGGGAAAAGGAAACCCUUCGUGUCCAAAAAUGAAGAGGGUAUGGUUUUGACAACACCGAAUACUAUUCGCGUGAAUACCGACACUGGCGACCUGGCUAUCCUCAAUAACGAGCCAGGAUGCUUGUAUGUCUGCGACGAAAAGCUUAAUUUGAAAUUCAAGUACAACGGACAAGAAAAUGAGGAUGACCAAAUGGAAGCUUCAGACUUCGAUCCUCAGGGGGUCACGUUUGAUAGGGAUCACAACAUACUGGUUGCUGAUCAAGGCCGGCGACGGGUGAUCCUGCUAGACAAGGAGGGCCAUUUUCUUAAAACUUUGAUCAGCAAAAUCGAAGAUGAACCGCUAACUGUGGAGAUGGUGCAGGAAAGUACAACGCAUGUUCUCUGGGUGGGAUACAGUAGCGGAAAAAUUGAGACAUAUGAAUAUAUAUUCAACUAGACAUACAGAGGUUACAUAACGAGUGGUUGAUGGAUAUGGAAUUUAUUUCACAUGAGUAAGUUAUUUUUUAAAAGUUACAUAGAGGAUAUCUAACAGUGUCUUCAGUAAUACCAAAUAUAUUAA